AUGGCGACUAACUGUAUCAAUGAUUCUCAAUGGAGGAUCGGUAGUUUUUUGACCAAUUGUUCAAGUCCAAAAAAAAUCCGUUGGAGAAACAAGAAGAUCAAUUUCGGGUCGAACCAACAACCAGAUUGUGUUGUUAUUAUGGAUGCAGAUAGAAAGUCUUCAGUCAUACAGGAAGCUGAUCGAUCACAAAUACCUAUUGCAUCUUCAGUGGAUUCUACGAACCCAUUUGUAGUCUUUAGAGGGUCCUUCUCACGAAUCGUAAGCCACUUUUUCCGUUUCACCCUAAAGGAUCCCGAUCUCUCGAAUCCUGAUCCCUCUGCAUGUGAAUAG